AUAUCUAGAAAUAUCUAGAAAUUUAAAAUUGUUAAACUUGUUUAUAUACAGUCAUACCUGAUAAAACACAAAUGUUUUACAGUUAUUAAGACACAUGACCUCGUGACGUCCUGUUUGAGUCCUGGUUUCCUUGGUAACAGGUAGGGUGCUCUCCCACGGCACGUGCAGGUUCACAUUCCAGCAGGUUUAUUGGUUUUCCUUGAGAGAUGGGUGGACCACUUGACUCAGCCAAAUCUUCUCUAAAAGGCAAAGCAGACAGAUUUAUGCUUAAUUCCUGUCUCAAUCUGCACUGCACCAGCUACCAACAUGACUAUGGUAAAGAAGGCUUCAGUCCAUGCUUAGGUCACCGUCAUCACUAUGGGACAGGCUACUCUGCCAAUCUGAAACCUGCUGUCUACUACUGCCCCAGCCUUGAUCUGCAUGACAACCCCAACCUCGGUUACCAGUCCCAAACUAAGCGACAUUACCAGUCACAGACUGUACCCAGUGGAGCCGAGGAUCUGCCCAGAACGAGAGACAAGAGCAGAGAAAGUGGCUACCUGCAACUUCACACAUACCCCAGACCUAAAUUAGUAUCAUCCCAGACAGAGUAUAAAUGCAGUUAUAUUCAUCAGAGACCCAAACUGUCAGUGUACAGUAAACAUGAGAUUGUGGGUGCUAAAGAGGAGAGUGGAUUUACUGAUGGCAACAACCUGCAGUACAAUAUACUUCUACCCCAAGACAUCCCAAGGGGAGAAGCUCGGCUGAUGCAGAGCAGCGUAAUGAAAAUGGACUUCCGCCCUAUGGUUUGCCUUCAGGGCAAUGAAGUGUUACCCAAACUGGUCACUCAUGCUCAUCGAGAGACUGCAUUCACCAGAGAUGCUAAAGAACCACCAUCAUGCCCUGAUUCUCAAACCGUGUGUCCUCGUGACCACAGACAGAAGAGCCUGCUGUUUUCUGAGAGAACUAUUGGACAGAAGGAAGACUCAGGCUUCGUCCUCAACACGCCCAUCCUCAAGACCCCGUCAGACACAUCGUAUGACCCACUGCGGUUCCUCUCACACUACCACACCAAGUUUUGUAACAAGGCAGCUUUUGAUACACUUAAGGCAGGCUGGAAUAAAGGAGGGGUUCACAAACACAGAGCGAGUGGAUACAGUGCUCGAGACUCUGACAGGUAA